UGUGACGUUGCACUAAUAGCGUCUAUGCCAUGUGUCAAUAUGUAUGACAUUUACAUUGGACAUACAGCGUGUUGUUGCUGGGUAUGUCAACUUACCAUUGUCUUACUUUUUCCGACUUAUUUAAUUUCGGCGGCCGGAUAAACAACAGCAAAAACGAUGGCUUCUGCUGCAUCAGCUAACCAUGUGCGGCAAAGAUUUAUGGAUUUCUUCAUUUUGAAGAAAAAUCACGAGUAUGUACAUUCAUCAUCAGUAAUCCCACUGGACGACCCAACAUUAUUAUUUGCGAAUGCUGGCAUGAAUCAGUUUAAACCCAUAUUUUUGGGUGUAGCAGACCCCAAUAGUGAUGUAGCAAAGUGGAAACGUGUUGUUAACACUCAGAAAUGCAUUCGUGCCGGUGGAAAACACAAUGACUUGGAUGAUGUGGGCAAGGAUGUCUACCAUCACACGUUCUUCGAAAUGUUAGGGAACUGGUCCUUUGGAGAUUAUUUUAAGAAAGAGGUUUGCGCCUGGGCAUGGGAAUUCCUCACAGAAGAAUUUAAAUUACCAAAAGAACAGUUAUAUGUGACAUAUUUUGGAGGCGAUCCCAAGUCAGGCUUGGAUCCAGAUUUAGAGUGCAAAGAAAUCUGGUUGAAACUUGGAUUGCCUGAUACUCAUGUAAUACCAGGCAGUAUGAAGGAUAACUUUUGGGAAAUGGGUGAAACUGGUCCUUGUGGACCUUGUUCAGAGUUGCAUUUUGAUCGCAUUGGUAAUCGUGAUGUACCACAUCUGGUGAACCAGGAUGACCCUGAUGUCCUAGAAAUUUGGAACCUGGUUUUUAUUCAAUUCAAUCGGGAAGCUGAUUCGAGCUUGAAGCCUCUCCCUAAGAAGCACAUUGACUGCGGUAUGGGCUUUGAACGUCUUGUUUCAGUCAUUCAGAAUAAACGCUCAAAUUAUGACACAGAUGUAUUUGUUCCAUUAUUUGAUGCCAUUCAAAAGGGCACUGGUGCACCUCCUUACAGUGGCAAGGUGGGUGCAGAAGAUACGGAUGGAAUAGAUAUGGCUUACCGUGUCCUUGCUGAUCAUGCAAGGACUUUGACAAUUGCUCUUGCUGAUGGAGGUUUUCCGGAUAAUACCGGUCGAGGGUAUGUAUUAAGAAGGAUAUUGCGCAGAGCUGUCAGAUACGCAACUGAAAAGUUGAAUGCCAAUCCUGGUUUUUUCUCAUCCCUAGUUCAUACUGUUGUUGAUUUGUUAGGAGGUGCUUUUCCAGAGGUUAACAAGGAUCCUCAAUCAAUAAUCGAUGUGAUUAAUGAAGAGGAAGAACAAUUUCUAAAAACUUUGUCCCGCGGUCGAGGUCUUUUGAAUCGCGAAAUCAGCAAACUAAAAGGAUCCAAAGUAUUGCCUGGUGAUGUUGCUUGGCGUCUUUAUGAUACUUACGGCUUCCCAGUUGAUUUAACACAACUAAUGGCUGAAGAAAAAGGACUGUCAGUGGAUUUACCUGGCUAUGAAGAAGCAAAGAAACAUGCUCAAGUGUUAAGUCAAGGAAAAUCCGGAGGAAUUGAGGAUUGUAUCAGUUUAGAUGUGCAUGCAAUCACUGAAUUGCAGAACAGAGGAAUCCCUGUCACAGAUGACUCUCCCAAGUAUGAUUAUUCAACCGAUCCUAAUCCAACAUCACCUUAUGUGUUCAGCAGGUGUUCAGGAAAAGUUUUGGCAUUACGUUGUAACAAGAACUUUGUUGACGAAAUCCAUUCUGGACAAAAAUGUGGAAUCCUGUCAGACCGAACAAACUUUUAUGCUGAACAAGGAGGACAAAUAUUUGAUGAAGGUUUCAUAAUCAAAAGUGAUGAUAAGGAUGUUGAGGUAAACGUAUAUAAUGUGCAAGUAAAAGGCGGUUAUGUUUUGCAUUAUGGUACUGUUGAAGGAACAUUGAAAGUGGGUGACUCCAUAGAAUUAUCUAUUGAUACCAAACGCAGGAGGAAAGUCAUGAGUAAUCACACUGGAACUCAUGUCCUAAAUCAUUCACUACGACAUGUUUUGGGUCAAACAGAUCAAAAAGGAUCACUGGUUGUUCCAGAAAGACUUCGUUUUGACUUUUCCAAUAAAGGAGCCAUGACAGUUGAUCAAAUCCGAGCAGCUGAACAAGAAACACAAGCUGUAAUCAAAGGAAACAAGAAAGUGUAUGCCAAACACAUUGACCUUACAAACGCCAAGAAAAUCAAUGGUCUGCGUGCAAUGUUUGAUGAAGUCUAUCCGGAUCCUGUCAGAGUGGUGUGUGUAGGAGUUCCAAUUGAAGAGUUAGAGUCGAAUCCUGAGAGUGAUGCUGGAAUGAAGACGUCAGUUGAAUUCUGCGGUGGGACACAUGUUCACUAUGCUGGUGAUAUUGGCGACUUUGUUAUCACAAAUGAAGAAGCCAUAGCCAAAGGAGUGCGGCGGAUUAUUGCUUUGAGUGGUGCAGAAGCUACUAAGGCAAUGAAGAAAGCUGAACUUCUAGAAAAGGAAUUAAAUGUUUUGAAAAAUAAAGUUGAUCAUGUCGGUUCUGACGUAAAAUCAACCAAUAAAGAAAUACUGGAUCUGACUGAUGAUAUCAAUCAAGCACUGAUAUCCUACUGCAAAAAGGAUGAACUGAGGAAAAUUAUAGGUUGUAUGAAGAAAAAAAUUGAUGAUGCUGAUAAAAAAGCGAAAGCUGCCAUAGUGUCAAUCAUUGUCAAUGAAGCCAAAGAGCUUAUAGAGGAAAAGCCAAACGAACCAGUGAUAGUUGCUGAAUUUAAUGCAGAAUCAAAUACUAAGGCAUUGAACUCAGCUUUACAGCAAGUUAAGUCCUUGUCGCCGGAGACCUCAGCCAUGUUCUUCACUUUUGAUGAUACCACUAAAAGGCUCUACUACUUAUGCUUUGUUCCCAAGGAUUCCAUUGCCAAAGGCUUAAAAGCCAAUGAAUGGAUUCAAGCUGUUUCACAAGAAAUUAAUGGAAAAGGAGGAGGUAAUAUGGAAACGGCUCAAGGAUCAGGUGUUACCAGUCUUGAUGCAGUCGCUAAAGCUGUCAAUCUUGCUAACAGUUUUGCCAAUCUCAAACUCGGACUCUAGCUAUAUCUGAAAUUUUCAAAACUGAUUGAAAACUGCUUUUGCCUAUAAAUUUACUCUCUCAUUUGUUUCGCCGCUUGAAAAUUGCACACAUUUUCUCAAAAGCCUUUUUGAAAUCUUACACACAAAAGGAGUGCAUUCAAAAUCGGCAAAAUCCCCCUCUUCUUGAAUGUUGACCAAGUUUUACCGAGUUAUUUCGUCGUAAAGAAAAUACCCUCUCUAUUGAGGGGCGGUCCAUAUUUAACAUCAGUUUUUUUUAUUUUUCUAGAGCCUCCCCGCUACAAGGUACAUGUCAGUCUUUGCUAGACCCCCCCCCUCUCCCAAUUGAAUUUUUUUCUUUUAUUAGUAUGAUCAACUUGUAAAAAGUGUACAACCACCCCUACUGGGGUGUCAUUGAAAAUCGCAUCAAAUCUGAGUCAACCCAGCUGCUUCUUGUUGCUCAUGAAAAAUCGGCACCCUGCACGAUUUUGAUCGGAAUUUUCAAUUCGGAGAGCUUCAAUCUUGUCUACUUAAUUGUUAUGUGAACUGGUUCUGUAUUUUGUGAGCAAAUAAAUACAAAUACAUAAUCAAUCAAAUUUUCAA